AUGGAAAAGAAGAAUAACUUCACUGUGCAAACCAUUGCAAUAGUCUUUGCUCUGGUGAUUGCUGUCUUGUCUUUUGUAUGCUCAAUUGUACUAUACAACGAAACACAAAAACAAAAUGGUAGGCCAGUCGAACUGGAUGCUAAAAUAGCCAAAUUGAAUAACGAACUGUACCAAGUGAAAUAUGAUCUCGUUCAAGUAACCGGUGAGCUUAUUCAGGUCAAACAUGAACUUGGCAAAGUCAAAGAUGAGUUACUUAAACAACAAAACGAAUCUCGAAAUGAAGUUUUUAACGUGAAUGUCGAAUGUCUGAAAGUAAAGAAUGAACAAAAAGAGGCGCAGUUACGUAUUGGUGAACUUGAAAUACAAAUACAGUAUUUGACGAGCGCCAAAGAUCAGAAUGAUGAAAAAACGUAUUUUAACACAACACUGAACAGAAUAAAACGACAAACGUCAGCAGCAGUUGCAGGCUGCAAUUGCAAUGGGCGUGAUGGUAGAGAUGGAUUAGUUGGACCACAAGGGCCACCCGGCCCAGAAGGCAAACCAGGUCCCCAAGGUACCCCGGGGGCACAAGGCCCACCAGGGGCACAAGGUACACCGGGGGCACAAGGCACACCGGGGGCACAAGGCACACCAGGGGCACAAGGCAAACCAGGUCCCCAAGGUACACCGGGGGCACAAGGCACACCAGGGGCACAAGGCACACCUGGAGUGCAGGGAGCAAAUGGCAGAGAUGGUAGGGAUGGUGUAAUUGGACAGGGCUUAUCUAUUAGUGAUAUGAGUACCUUACUUGAACAGCUACAUAUUGCUGCACCAUAUAGUAACACAUCCACUGGUGCUCAUGGUCCAACAGGCCCAAGAGGUCUAGCAGGUGGCGCUGUUUAUACAAGAUGGGGGAGAACAACAUGCCCCAGUGGUGUUGAGAAAGUGUAUUCAGGUAUCAUCGGAAAUUCACAUUAUACUAGCACGGGAUCAGGAGGUAACUAUCUGUGUCUACCCAAGGAACCUGAGUGGGGAUACACUAUGGCUGGUACACAAUCAGGCACUUAUAUCUAUGGAGUAGAGUAUGAGGUUGGCUCUGCAAACAAUCCGUUUCUUACUGACAACUUCCCCGAUCCUACACAACCGGCUCGUUGGCUUCAUCAACACGAUGCAGUAUGUGCUGUUUGUAGAGUCCCCGAGAGGAGCAGCCAUUUUAUGCUACCUGCAAUGAAAUCAUGCCCCGAUUCUUGGAUUAAGGAAUACAAUGGGUAUUUAAUGAGUAUGCUUAACACUCACCAUAAAACAGAGUUCAUAUGUGUAGACGAAUCUCCCGAAGCUGAUGAAGGAGGUCAUGAAAACAAGAAUGGGGGUCUUCUGUAUGUGGUAGAAGCCAUUUUUAAACCAACAGGUACAGAAUACCUUAUAGAGAGACCUUAUACAGAAUACCUUAUUGAGAUACCUUAUACAGAAUACCUUAUAGAUAGACCUUAUACAGAAUACCUUAUAGAGAGACAUCGUACAGAAUACCCUAUAGAGAGACCUUAUGAAGCAUACUUUAUAGAGAGACCUUAUACAGAAUACCUUACAGAGAAACCUUAUACAGAAUACCUUAUAGAGAGACCUUUUACAGAAUACUUUAUAGAGAGACAUUAUACAGAAUACCUUAUUGAGAUACCUUAUACAGAAUGCUUUAUAGAAAGACAUUAUACAGAAUACCUUAUAGAGAGACAUUAUACAGAAUACCUUAUAGAGAGACCUUAUACAGAAUACCUUAUUGAGAUACCUUAUACAGAAUACUUUAUAGAGAGACAUUAUACAGAAUACCUUAUUGAGAUACCUUAUAUAGAAUACUUUAUAAAGAGACAUUAUACAGAAUACCUUAUAGAGAGACAUUAUACAGAAUACCUUAUUGAGAUACCUUAUACAGAAUACUUUAUAGAGAGACAUUAUACAGAAUACCUUAUAGAGAGACAUUAUACAGAAUACCUUAUAGACAGACCUUAUACAGAAUACCUUAUUGAGAUACCUUAUACAGACUACCUUAUAGAGAGACAUUAUACAGAAUACUUUAUAGAGAGACAUUAUACAGAAUACCUUAUAGAGAGACAUUAUACAAAACUUUAUAGAGAGACAUUAUACAGGAUACCUUAUAGAGAAUCCUUAUACAGAAUACCUUAUAGAGAGACAUUAUACAGAAUACCUUAUAGAGAGACCUUUACAGUAUACUUUAUAGAGAGACAUUAUACAGAAUACCUUAUAGAGAGACAUUAUACAGAAUACUUUAUAGAGAGACAUUAUACAGAAUACCUUAUAGAGAAUCCUUAUACAGAAUACCUUAUAGAGAGACAUUAUACAGAAUACCUUCUAGAGAGACCUUUUACAGUAUACUUUAUAGAGAGACAUUAUACAGAAUACCUUAUAGAGAGACAUUAUACAGAAUACUUUAUAGAGAGACAUUAUACAGAAUGCCUUAUAGAGAAACCUUAUACAGAGACAUUAUACAGAAUACCUUAUAGAGAGAUCUAA